UUAUUUACCUGUGCACGGCUUUAAAUCGUCCUCCGCGUCCUCGGAAUGUCAAUGUUUUGAAAUUGUUGCCUUCUGACGGCCAUCUUGACCUACUGACAAACUCUCGUUGAAUAGUCACGUGGUACAAGGAAAACAACCUGACCGACAUUCCACGUGUUUACUUCACAACAAACCGCGCUCGACACCGGUUUCGAUCUCUGUUGUAGCAAAUAAACGAUGACAACAUAUUAUCUGUGUUUAUCUUGUUUUUUCAGGUAUUAACCAAUUACUAGAUUGAAUAAUUACACAUACUUUCUCUCAUUUUUUUCAUCUUAUCCUUCUUCCAAAACACGUACCCUAGAAAGACGUGUAGGAAAAUUGUGUAUGACGUUUUACUCAACUGUUUACAUAAUCUAAUAAUAUGGCGGCAUCCAUCCGACAAAUUUUUGAUGAAAGAAUCAAGCAUCGCUUUCAUUUUGAAUUUGAUUUAAAGGAGGAACAAAUAUCUGUCAUUGAGAAUGUGCUACAGAAGAAGCACACUGUGGGUGUUUUUCCCACGGGGUUUGGGAAAAGUAUAUGCUUUGUAUUACCUCCAUUAAUACUAGAUGUACAGGAUUCUUCUGUCAGACAUAUUUGUAUUGUGAUUUCUCCUUUGAAAAGUCUAAUGCUAGAUCAAUGUAAACAUGCUUCUAAACAUGGUAUAGCUGCAGCUGUUAUGAAGGGCAGGGAUGAAAUGUCUCCUGAUGUGAUUGAAGGUAAUGUCCAAAGAAAUGUAUAGACUCUGCAGUUUGCAAUUUUCAAACUAAUGCAUGCACAAAUUAAAACACACAUAAUAUCAUAUAUAGGAAUAAGCGCAGGAGACUAUUCCAUUCUCUAUAUGUCACCAGAGAUCCUGCUGAGUUUUGAUUCAUGGGGUGAUAUAAUAUUGAAUUCAGGUGUAUAUAAGGAGAGAGUUGCUUUGAUUGCUAUAGAUGAGGCACACAUAUUGGCAUCAUGGGGUGAUACUUUUCGACCGACCUUUUCAAGACUUGGAGAGCUGCGCUCCCACUUUCCAACUACACCAUUUUUACUGCUGACAGCAACUUGCACACCAAAAAUUCUAAAGCAUAUUACUGGAAAAAUACAUCUUCCUAAUAUGAAAAUGUUAACAGCAUCUCCAGACAGGCCAGGUAUUUACCUUGAAUACAAGAGAGGAAAAGACAUUUUUGAAGAACUCCAUUGGCUGUUUGAUGAAAUUAAACAGAAAGGAAUAGCUGCCAGGAAAACACUGCUUUAUGUCAGGAGCUUGGGUCGAGGUGGUCAGCUGUAUAGAGAUAUUUUGGGGUACCUUAGAGAACAUGCAUACUUAAACCACAUUAAGCUUCACCACAACAGCCAUGUUGCUUUGUACCAUGCAGGAAUGGCCAACAAAGACUUAGACUACAUUCAUCAGGAAAUUUCAAAGUCAGGUAGCGUUAUUCGACUGGUCAUAUGUACUAUAGCCUUUGGAAUGGGUAUCAAUAUCUCUGAUAUUGAUACUGUGAUCCACUGGGGAGCCUGUGACUCCAUAAUGGAUUAUUGGCAGGAGGUUGGAAGAGCAGGGCGAGAUGGACGUAGUGCAAAGGCACUAUACUUUUUAACCCCUGGGUCCAUACUUCAAGCAUCUGACGACAUGAAGGAAUUGUGUAGAUCUCUGGACAAAUCCGAGGUGACUUGUUUUAGGAAAUCUAUCCUCCAUCACUUCAUUGGAUACAGUUCGGCACAGUCUGUACCUGUUGCAAGUGAGUGUCAACUGAAAUGUGAUGAGUGUGGAUGUCCAAGAUGCCAAUGCUGUCACAUUUGUCGUAGCUGCUGUCCUUGUUCAAGAACAUAAGAUUUGUACAUGUCUAGAGGAACCAUCUGUUGUCGUUGCCUUGGGGAUAUAAUCCUGAAUUAUAUCAGAUUGGAAAAUGUCUUCAAUAGACUUGCCAACACUCCCUACUAGAUGGCUGCAUCUUGACACCUGUGCAUCUGUGUAUUGCCC